AUCCACUAACUAUAAGAACCACAUGAUUUUUCUCAUCCUAUCUAUCAACUCUUUCAUUGAGAAGUUGCAAAAUAAAAAAUGACUACUCACAAAGCUCAUUGCUUGAUCUUGCCAUUUCCAGGCCAAGGUCAUAUCAACCCAAUGCUCCAAUUCUCCAAACGUUUACAAUCCAAACGUGUUAAAAUCACUAUAGCAACCACAAAAUACUUCUUGAAAACAAUGCAAGAAUUGCCAACUUCAGUAUCAAUUGAGGCCAUAUCUGAUGGCUACGAUGAUGGUGGUUUCCACCAAGCAGAAACUUUCGUAGCCUACAUAACACGAUUCAAAGAAGUUGGCUCGGAUACUCUGUCUCAUCUUAUUCAAAAAUUAGCAAAUAGUGGAUGUCCUGUAAAUUGCAUAGUAUAUGAUCCAUUCCUUCCUUGGGCUGUUGAAGUGGCAAAGAAUUUUGGAUUAAUUAGUGCUGCAUUUUUCACACAAAAUUGUGCAGUGGAUAAUAUUUAUUACCAUGUACAUAAAGGGGUAAUAAAACUUCCACCUACUCAAAAUGAUGAAGAAAUAUUAAUUCCUGGAUUUUCAAGUCCGAUCGAUGCAUCAGAUGUACCUUCUUUUGUUAUUAGUCCUGAAGUAGAAAGAAUAAUUGAAAUGUUAGGAAAUCAAUUCUCAAAUCUUGACAAAGUUGAUUGGGUUCUAAUCAACAGCUUCUAUGAGUUGGAGAAAGAGGUAAUUGAUUAUAUGUCCAAGAUAUAUCCAAUAAAGACAAUUGGACCAACAAUACCAUCAAUGUACUUAGACAAGAGACUACAUGAAGACAAAGAGUAUGGCCUUAGUGUCUUCAAACCAAUGACAAAUGAAUGCCUAAAUUGGUUAAACCAUCAACCAAUUAACUCAGUGGUGUAUGUAUCAUUUGGAAGUAUAACCAACUUAGAAACUGAGCAAAUGGAAGAAUUAGCAUGGGGUUUGAAGAAUUGCAACAACAUCUUCUUAUGGGUUGUUAGGUCUACUGAAGAAUCCAAACUUCCCAAGAACUUUUUAGAGGAAUUAACAAUUGAAAAAGGACUAGUGGUGUCAUGGUGUCCACAAUUACAAGUGUUGGAACAUGAAUCGUUUGGAUGUUUUCUGACGCACUGUGGGUGGAAUUCGAUUCUGGAAGCAAUUAGUUUGGGAGUGCCAAUGGUGACAAUGCCACAAUGGUCAGAUCAACCAACAAAUGCAAAGCUUGUGAAAGAUGUUUGGGAAAUGGGAGUUAAAGCCAAACAAGAUGAAAAAGGGAUAGUUAGAAGAGAAGUUAUAGAAGAAUGUAUAAAAUUAGUGAUGGAAGAAGAGAAAGGAAAAUUAAUUAGGGAAAAUGCAAACAAAUGGAAGGAAAUGGCUAGAAAUGCUGUGGAUGAAGGAGGAAGUUCAGAUAAAAAUAUUGAAGAAUUUGUUUCCAAGUUGAUGACUAUUUCUCCUAAGUAGGAAAUUUGACUUGAAUCUUCCUUUAUUUUCUACCUUUCCCCUAUUUUUGUGGAAGGCUAAGGCAAUUUGGCUAUUUAUGUAAUAAGCUAUAACUGUAUUAGUGUUUGAAUUCUUUUUUUUAAUUAUUUGC